AUGACCAACUACACCAGCCUCAAGUACACCCUCAACACGGGCGACAAGAUCCCCGCCGUCGGUCUGGGAACAUGGCAGUCUAAGCCCGAAGAGGUCACGGCCGCCGUCAAGGCCGCCCUCCUCGCCGGUUACCGUCACAUCGACACGGCCUUGGCCUAUGGCAACGAGAAGGCCGUGGGCGACGGCAUCAAGCAGUCGGGCGUACCCCGCUCCGAGAUCUGGCUCACCACCAAGCUCGACAACCCGUGGCACAAGCGCGUCGAGGAGGGUAUCGCCUCCAGCCUGAAGGACCUCCAGACCGACUACGUCGACCUAUACCUCAUGCACUGGCCUAGCUCGACUGACCCCACCGACCUCAAGAAGCACUACCCCGACUGGGACUUCCGCGACACCUGGCGCGAGAUGCAGAAGCUCGUCGGCACCGGCAAAGUGCGCAACAUUGGUGUCUCCAACUUUAGCAUUGGCAACAUUGAUAAGCUGCUGGCCAGCCCUGACACCAAGAUCACCCCCGCCGUCAACCAGAUUGAGCUCCACCCCUGCAACCCCUCUCCCAAGCUAGUCGCCCACCUCAAGGAGAAGGGCAUCCACGCGACGGGAUACUCGUGCCUGGGAUCCACCGACUCCCCUCUCUAUAAGAAUGAAAAGCUCCUCAAGAUUGCUGAGGCCAAGGGCAAGACACCCCAGCAGGUCCUCCUCAUCUGGGGUCUCAAGAAGGGCUGGAGUGUCAUCCCCAAGAGUGUGACGCCGUCGCGCAUCGAGGCUAACUUUGCCCUCGACGGAUGGGACUUGACGGAUGACGAGGUCGCUCAGAUCGAUUCCAUCCCCGAGCGCUUCAAGGUGUGCGGUGACAAAUGGCUUCCGGUGCAGGUAUUUUUCGGUGACGACGAGUAA